AUGACAACGACAUCAACAGUAGAAUAUAUAACAACCGAGACAAUAACGCACAGCUCACCACUUUCAUUUCAUAAAUUAUCUCGAGAAUGUAAAAUUCCAAUAUCAAAAGCAAAAAAAUUAUUAUAUGAAUAUUAUCAAAAGAAUAAAGAGAAGAUUACAGCAUCAUUUAUAACUACCGGUAUAUCCAAUUCAAACAUGAAACUAAUUAAAUAUUCAGAAAAUGAAGGAAUCUUAGUUGAAGAUUUGAAAAAGUUUACAGAAAUUUUCACAAUUCAUAUAUUUUGUAUAAUGAAAUCAGAUUUAAAUUUAUCCACGAAUGAUAUAGCAUUAAAUGAAUUAAAGAUCAAAAGUUCGCUUAAUAAAAUCAAUGAAUAUGAAGAAUUGGGAAUCAUCAAAGGUUCAGAAAUCUCAGAUGUAUUUGUUGAAAAUAAAAAUAUAGCAUCACCGACUAAACCAAAAACACCACAACCUAAAAAAGAAGAGAAAAAACCAAUUAAAAGUGCAGGAUUAACAUCAUCUUAUGUAUCGAGAAAAGAUCAAGCUAAACAAAAACAACCACUAAAAAGAUCAGCACCAGAACCAGAAACUAAACCAUCAUAUCAAUAUAAAUCAAGAAAAACUGAACUGAAAAAACCAAAAGAAAGAGUUGUCGUUAAUUAUGAUCCAAUGGAUGUAGAUACUGAAGAUGAUGAAGUCAAGCAAGUACCAGCUCCAACCACAGAUUUAAAUAACAUGUUUGGAGAAGAUGAAACUUUUGAGUUUAGUGAUGAAGAAGUAAAAGAACAAAAAGUUGAAGAGUCAAUACCGGAAGCAGAACCAGAACAGAAAGCAGAACCAGUUGAAGAUGAAGAAGAACAACAACUAUUUGUUGAAGAAGAAGAAGAUCCGAAAGAAGAAGAACCAGAAAUGAUACAAGAAGUAGAUGAAGAUGGAUAUACAGUUACUAGAAGAAAAGCAAGACCAGUAACUAAACCACAAAGAAAUAAAUUUAAACCAAAAGCUAUCAAUAAAAUGGCUCCUCCAAAAGAACCAAAAAAAUCAAAUGAUAGUGCAUCAAAUAAAAAGAAAACUCAAAGUUCAUUAAUGAGUUUUUUUGGUAAAAUGUAA